GGCAGAGGAACAUCAGCGCAAAAGUGAUGCUUAAGUGAGAACAGUGCGUAGUCUAAUUAGUGAUGGCUUACUAAGCCAGUGGUGAUAGCAGGCAACGAUACCAUUAGCGCUCACAUAGCGGAACAACCGGAAACGAAUACAGGCACUGCCGCCAUAUCGCACACAUACGGUCUAGAAAGUAACACAACCUUCUGAGUGGCGCACAGCAUGAAGCGCGGUCUGCGUAUUCUCGUGAUAUGCCAGGCACCAUGUUGUCUGCUGUUUUUUCUCGUUCUACUCAACCUCUCCAUAGUGCGCAUAGCCCAUGGAGACGAGCCCCCAUUAUUGUCGUCUUCAUCACCAUCAACCAUAGAGGACUAUCAAGAAUAUGACGAAUCAGUGCCGUCUGGUGCGGCGGAAUCCCCUUUCCAGGAUCCGACGUCACACAUCAGCAUGCGAGAUAUGUUAUCGUUUCGUAGUAUUGCGGUGGACAGCAGUGGUUCACAAGAGGGACUUAGCAUGAGCAACGAAAUUUUCAAGAACGAGAAUUCAGUUAUCAAGGCCAAGGUCGACCGAUUGAGUGGAUCGUUCAAAAAGAGCGUGGAGAAAAUAAAAAUAAAGCAUAAACGAGUUGACAUCGUGUUCCUUAUCGACGCUAGUUCUAGCGUAGGCAAAGCUAACUUCUACAGCGAGAUCAAGUUCGUGAAGAAGCUGCUGUCCGACUUUAACGUCAGCUACAACUACACCCGAGUUGCGGUCAUCACGUUUAGCUCGCAGAUGAAAAUUUUUCGCCACAUUGACCAGAUAUCAACAUCUGUUGAGGAUAACGACAAAUGCCUUUUAUUGAACUACCAGAUUCCCAAAAUUGAAUUCAGUGGCGGUGGUACGUACACCUAUGGAGCUUUGAAGGAAGCCGAGGAAAUAUUCCAAAACGCACGAGCGGACAGUAAGAAGAUAAUAUUCCUCAUAACCGAUGGGUUUUCCAACGGACGCGACCCUAUUCCAUUGGCGGAAUCGCUGAAGCGUAAAAAUGUGGUGAUCUACUCUAUCGGAAUACAAAGCGGAAAUUAUGCAGAAUUAUAUAAUAUGUCCAGCUCUCCGGGUGAUAGUCAUAGCUUUCUUCUGGACAGUUUCGAUCACUUUGAAACAUUGGCUAGAAAAGCAUUCCAUAGCGAUUACAAAACUGGAGAGAAUAUUGGUGUAAAUUCUACACUCUGUGAUGUGCUGUGUUUAGAUGGUCAGAACUCAAUAGACGACACUUGUUGCGAUAAAAAUGCAACAUGCAGUUGCAGCACCAAUUCGGGUCACUAUUCGUGCAUGUGCCAACCAGGAUACUUUGGCUCUGGUCUAAGAGGAAAAUGUCAACCAUGUACAAAUGGUACUUAUUGGGAUGGAGUAGGAAAAUGUCGCCAAUGUCCCGAUAUAAACCAUAUCACGUUAGCAAUUCCUGCUAUGAACGUGAGCGACUGUGUGUGCAAGAGUGGAUAUAAACCAAACGAUUCCGGAAGGUGUGAGGUAAUUACUUGUCCGGAAUUGUCACCGCCGGAAAACGGAUACUUUGUGAAACAACCAAAUGCAUGCAGUCAGGUACUGAAUGCGGCAUGCGGAACUAGAUGCCAAUCGGGUUACCAGCUAGUAGGAGAUAGUAUUCGACUGUGCCAGGAAAAUGGUGUUUGGUCUGGCAACGAUCCCAAAUGCGUGCUGAAAACAUGUCCACCGCUUAAAAUUCCAUAUUAUGGACUGGUUGUGUGCAAGAAUCCGGAUUUGAAUCUGUUCUUCGAUUACUCGCCAAGGAAUAAAUCCUUUCUGUUGAACUACAGCGCAUCCUUAGAGCGUUCCACUGAACCCAUGCCAAUUGAUACCGAUUGCUCGUUUAAAUGUGGCCAUGGGUUCUAUCUAGCAGGAUCCAAUAGUAGGAACUGUUUACCUCUAUCGAAAUGGGACGGAUUGCAGACUUCAUGUAAACAAAUUCUUUGCUCUCCAUUACCGAAAAUUCCAUUUGGAGAGUAUGACCCAACAGAUUGUGCUGAACAGAAAUCAGCCCACGGUUCUAACUGCACAUUGAUUUGUAAUUUUGGUUUUGAACUGAAAGGAGGUCCGUCUACAAAAUCUUGCGGAGGAAAACGGAAUGGCGUUUGGACACAGAAAACAAAGACACCACGCUGUGUAGACGUAACACCCCCGCACCUUAUGUGCCCGAACAAUUACACGUUGCCAAUGCACGAUGACUUCAGCUAUGCUAUUGUCAAACGACUCAACAGACCUUAUGUAUUCGACAAUGGGGGUGACAACUUUACUUUUUGGACAAAACCUGCCAUCAAGGAUAGUGGAACUAAGUUGCACAAUGGAACUCAUCUUUUCACAUACGUAGCAGUUGAUUCGUUCAAAAAUAAGGCCAAAUGUAACUUUACGGUUACGGUAUUCGACAGAACGGCCCCUGUAAUUGAAAACUGUAAUGAUCCAGCUCCAUUUUAUAUUUCAUCGCUCGAAAAUAAUAACGAGACUUUGAUAACUUGGGACGAACCAAACAUAUUUGAUAAUGCUGAUAGUAAUGUUUCAGUGACUCGUAAUAUAGACUUUGGGUAUCUGAAUGUAGGAGAAUACAAAGUCGUUUAUCGAGCGGAGGAUGCCUCAGGUAACAGCGCAGAAUGCGUACUUAACAUAACUAUCAAGGAGUACAAAUGCGAGAAUCUUCCUUCGCCUCUCAAUGGUCAAACUGUGUGCGCCAAAAAUAGUUCUCAUACUUGGUGCGAAGUUUCCUGCUUUUUUGACCAUACAUUCCACGACCGAGAAGACAGUUCAGCGGUUAUGUUUUGUAAUAACCGUAAUCCAAAAUGGAACAACGAUACCAUUCCGGAGUGUACGGCGAUCGAAAAACCUACAGCCGUUGAAGAAAUUAUAACGAUCAGUCUGGGCACAGAAGAUACAGAUGAGCUUUGUGACAAUGGCGACGCGGCAGAUGAAUUGAAAGACGUUUUCACGAACAGCAUGAGGGAUCAUUUGUGCGGAUCGCAAGAAGACUGUACCAUAACUACGGAAAUCCCCGCUUGUGAAAAUAAUGCAGCGAAGCCGGAUGACAAAUCAAGGUAUCAUCUAGUGAAACGAGAAACUAGUGGAGAGAACCGCAGUAAAAUACGGAAACAGAACGUUAAGCGAGACGAUCGCGCAACUCUCAAAAUCAACGUGUAUACAAAGUUGUCCAAGCGACUUGGGCUGUGGAAGCAAGACGGGAAAAAAUCUGACAACAUCAAGAGAUUGAAAACGGAGCUGCAAAAUAUCAACAACAACGAAAAACUGAGAAAACGACUCGGUGAAUUAAAUAUGGAUCUAAGCGUUUUGAAAUUGGAUGAAACUAUUCGAUGCCCUGAUGGUAGUGUUGCUAAAAAGUUGGUGUGUGUGCAGUGUCCACGAGGAACAUACCACAACCUAACUACAAAUACUUGCAAUUCUUGCCCUAUUGGAAGCUACAAUGAGUUAACAGGCCAGACGAGCUGUACUCAUUGUGCGCCCCAUCAUUCAACCAGAAAACCCAACAGUAAACAUUCCUCGGAGUGUAAACCGCAGUGCCCUCCAGGUACUGUUGCAAAACUGAAGUUAAUGAAAAAGGAAAAGGUUCAGAAAUACCACAAAAGUUUGAUGCCAUUCUGCCGUAAGUGCGAACCGGGAGAAUACCAAGGGUUAUACAACAGGAUAAGUUGUGACAAGUGUCCACCGGAUCAUACUUCGCUGAGAGGAUCUACGUCAAUUGGGGAUUGCUUUCCGAAACAUUCCAAGCCAUGCUCGUCGGAAUUCCCGGUUUGUGGUCCUCACGGACAAUGUGUCCCGGAGCCUUCAAACGAUGAACUCUAUAGUUGUUUGUGCGAAGAAGGUUUCGUUGGGUCUCAUUGCGAAAAACAGCUAAGCUCCUGUUCAUCUGCCCCAUGCUACAACGCGGGUACAUGCGUUACACUUAAUGCAACGGCAUUUGAAUGUAUUUGUCCAGGUCCUUAUAGUGGUCCGUUGUGUGAACAAUUUGUAGACCCCUGCCGACAUGAUACAUGCCUGAAUGGAGGAACAUGUGUUGAAAUUGAAGGUGCAUCUAUCUGCGAAUGCUCUCCUGCUUUUGAGGGAAGCCGAUGCGAGAUUAAGAAGAAUUUUUGCAACCCUAACCCCUGUGAGUAUGGCGGAACUUGUCAGAAUGAUGGUGAAAGUUUCAGCUGCACGUGUCCACCGGGUAGGAUGGGUAAACGAUGUCAUUUAAGACCUUGCGACUAUAUGCCAUGUUCUAGUAAUGCGAUAUGCAGCAAUGUAGAACAAGUGAGAGCUGAUAAGCAUAGCUACCGAUGUGAUUGCCCUAAAGGAUUGAAAGGCAGUAAAUGCAAUGAGGUUGACAACCCUUGUGAUCGCACUCCCUGUAGGAACAAUGGUCUCUGUAAACCUGUUAAACUACGAAAGCCAAACUCCAAUGUACAAAAUACGCAUUUGGAGAACGACGAAGUAUACACUGAAGUGACAUGCGAAUGUCCUCCAUAUUUCUAUGGAAGACGAUGUGAAGUUUUGACCACGCCUGACUUUGUAAUGUCGUUCGAGAAAUCUGGCAUCAAUGACUACGUGAAAAUUGAUGGUCCUAAACGUAACCUAACUGAGAUUUCGCUAUGCGUGUGGAUACAAACUAGUGAUGACUUUAACUACGGCUCAGUUAUAUCCUACGCCACAACGAAUAUGGAUAAUUCGUUUACUCUAACUGAUUACAGCGGAUUUGUGCUCUAUGUAUCCGGAGAACACGUGAUAACUAAUGUUCAUAUAAACGAUGGCAAAUGGCAUUUCAUAUGCCUUACAUGGGUGAGUAGUACCGGAUUGUAUGAAAUAUUCCUUGAUGGAGAACUUCACACUACAGGAUAUGGAUUAAGCACCGGUAAAACAAUAGAGGCUAAUGGAUUGUUCAUAAUUGGGCAAGAACAGGAUUCGGUUGGUGGAGGCUUCAGCGAGACGGAGUCAUUUGUUGGUAAAAUUGCUUAUCUGGACUUGUGGGGUAAGGCUCUCAGUGGUUACGAAGUGCGAGAUCACUACCAUAGCUGUGAACCCUAUCAGGGGGAUUUGGUUAAGUGGACAGAUUUGAAAUCGAAAAUCGUUGGAACAGUCAAACUACAGAGAUCGGAGUUUUGUCGAGAAUGCGAAAGAAACCUUACAUUGCAGAACGGAUUCGUUGAUUAUUACCAUAAUCGGGCAUAUUUGCGAUGUGAAGAAGGAUAUAAACUGCACGGGCCUUCGGAAACUGUAUGCCUGCGGACGUCAAGUUGGAGCGAUACAAGCAGUUUUUGCAAAUUGAUUCGUUGCGGUUCCCUGGGUUCAAUUUUGAACGGGAGAGUGAUUUUGUCCAAAUCAAGCUACAAGGGAAUAGCUCGUUUCAUGUGCGACGCAGGAUUUUAUCUGUCAGGAGCCGACAUGGCCCGCUGUACAAUUCAUGACAAUUGGUCCGAACCGUUACCCGAAUGCAUAAGUAUAGUGAAAUGUCCUCCAUUGGUUGCAUCUGGCGGUUCCUACAUAAUCUACGCAACUGAAAGAGGAGUAUUGACUCAACUUUAUGAAAACUACGCGGUGGGAACACUAGCCGAGGUGCAGUGCAACGAAGGGUUUUCGAUGUAUGGAGAAAACUUAUUGACGUGCUUGGACACCGGUAGUUGGGAUAUGAUUCCUCCAGAGUGCUUAGCAGACAGUGUAGAGAUUACAACGGAAGGAAGCACAACAUCUACUGAUGCAACAUCUAAAGUACCAAAUAUAAUAAAAUUUAAUCGAAAACCAGAUAUUCGUUUCUGGAAACAGUUGAAAGAUUAUUUGUUUUAUGGCUGCAAGCCACUGGAAUCUAAUAAGGUUUCUGCAUUUUGUCAAAAACCAGGACCUGCGCUAUCUGACUUUAGCGAUCUAUCCACAUUUAAUAUACCUGAUUCAAAUGAUUAUCAGAAUAUGGACGUAAAACUACUAGAACGACUGGCAAAAACAACUAAACCUGAUGCAGAUUUGAGAUUAGAGAAUCUAAUGGACUAUAUUUUGUAUGGCAUUAAAGACGCGGGUGCCAAUCCAGCAAGGCUUACAAAAGAAACAGAAAAUGCGUACCGUUUCGUGAUUUGUCUUUUCAUAGACAUAAUUAUGAUGGACAGAGAGGUGAACUUCAACGACGAAGUUUUCCUCGAUAUAAACUCAAGGGAAAACACCAAUGAUAAAAUCAAAAGCUUACUGAAAAACGUCGUCCAGCCGAUUUACGAAGCACAUCAACGAGAACAAGACGAAGCACGGCAACAGGAGAUGGAAAACCAAAGCAAAGCCCUGAAAAAGAUCAUAGCUCUUGCAGAAGCAGAUCGAAUCUUAGCUCAGCGAUGUAGAUUAAGUUCAGUGCCAGAACCACCAAUCGACAGUAGAAUAUUGGCAAUCGAGACUAUUUCUUUAGAAACCCGAACCAUUGACCUGAAAAUAGACAAACUUCGAAAACGUUCUGAUACUCUCGAGAUAGGGGCAAAGGUUAGGUAUGGCUGCAACUCUGGUUUCACUAUGAAAGGUGAUGGUUAUGUGGAAUGUACAAAGGAAGGCCAUUGGAGCAUGUUCGACAGCUUCUGCGAAGGAGUGAUCUGCGAACAGCCGCCAAUACUCCCUGGAAUGGUGAUUGCCGCCAGCUCGGUCGACUCCCAGUAUUACUAUGAUGACGAAAUUGAAUAUCGCUGCCAGGACGGUUACGCAAUGCAAGGCCAUCCAAUCAUUAAAUGUUCAAUCGACGGGAAAUGGUCGCCUAUUGUUGCAAGAUGCACUAAAAUAUCGUGCGGAAGACCAAAAACGACAAACGCUGCGAAGAUAAUUUCAGGAAGCUCGUUUCAGUUUGGAGAACGGCUGAAACUUCUCUGUGAGGACAAACGUACUGUGGAAACCAAGUGUCAAGCAAACGGAAAAUGGGCACCAUUUGGUGACUGCUAGAAGAUAUUGAUAGUUUAGAAUGUGUAAUUUAUAGCGUAAGGAGAAAGAAUCUAUGCAUAGUUAAGAAUCGUUGGUAUCAAAGUUACAGCCGCAGGCUUCAGGCAAAUCUAACAUUGAGUAGUUAAAUAAAGAAUUUAACAUUUCACUCUAAAUUCGAAA